GUGACUUAUGAGUUGAAUAAAUAAUUGAGCUUUAAGGAAAAUACAUGAUAAAUAAUAGACUAUUAUUUAGACGUUUAACUUAAAUUAGAGACAACGGAACAAAAAAAAAAAAAACCAAGAACAGAGCCAGGAAAAUGUCUGUCUUCCUCUGUUUCCUCUUCCUCUCACCCCUUAUCUUAAUCUUCUUGAACGUUUUCAAACCUUCGAGAUGGAAGCUUCCUCCGGGUCCAAAGAAGCUUCCCAUCAUCGGUAACUUACACCAACGCCGGGAACUACAUCCCAGGAAUCGCCAUAAUCUCUCUGAAGUGUACGGACCAGUGGUGCUUCUCCAAUUCGGAUUCGUCCCCGUGGUCGUGAUCUCUUCGAAAGAAGCAGCAGAGGAAGUUCUAAAGAUCCACGAUCUUGAGUGUUGUAGUCGACCAGAGACGGCAGGGACCAGAGCAACUUUUUACAACUUUAAAGACAUCGGGUUCGCACCCUACGGUGAAGAGUGGAGAGCGAUGCGGAAGCUCUCGGUGGUCGAGCUCUUUAGCUUGAAAAAGCUUCAAUCUUUCAGGUACAUCAGAGAGGAAGAGAACGACUUGUGUGUCAAGAAACUCUCUGAGUUUGCUACGAGCCGAUCUCCAGUGAAUCUUGAGAAAACCCUUUUCACUUUAGUGGGAAAUAUAGUAUGUCGGAUCGGGUACGGGAUAAAUCUCUAUGAGUGUGAGUUCGUUGAUGAAGAUAGGAUCGCGGAUCUUGUGCACAACUCUGAUGUUAUCAUAGGAGAUUCUCUCUUUUCUGAUUUCUUUCCCGGAAGAAUCGGUAGGCUCAUCGACUGGAUCUCUGGUCAGAGCCAGAGACUGAACAAUCUUUUCUCGGAAUUAGACACUUUCUUUCAGAAUAUUCUUGACGAGCAUCUUAAGCCUGGAAGAGAGAGCACUGAUAUUAUUGACGUGAUGAUCAAUAUGAUGAAGAAGCAAGAGAAAGAUGGAGAUUCUCUCAAGUUCACCACUGAUCAUCUCAAAGGGAUGAUCUCGGACAUAUUUCUAGCAGGAGUUGGCGCAAGCGCUGCCACAGUGGUAUGGGCAAUGACUGAGCUGAUCAGAAACCCGAGAGUGAUGAAGAAAGUGCAAGACGAGAUUCGGACAACACUUGGGGAUAAGAAGGAGAGAAUCAAAGAAGAAGAUUUAAACCAACUUAACUACUUUAAGCUCAUGGUGAAGGAGGUAGUGAGGUUACAUCCAUCAGCUCCACUCUUGCUCCCAAGAGAGACGUUGUCUCAUGUCAAGAUCCAAGGCUACGAUAUUCCUGCGAAAACUCAGAUCAUGAUCAACGCUUACGCGAUUGCUCGUGAUCCAAAGCUCUGGGAAAACCCUGAUGAGUUUAACCCUGACAGGUUCUUCCACAGUUCCAUAGAUUAUAAAGGACUAAACUUUGAGCUUAUACCGUUUGGAUCUGGUAGGAGAAUAUGUCCAGGGAUGACUAUGGGAAUCAUACUUAUUGAGUUGGCAUUGUUGAAUUUGCUUUACUUCUUCGAUUGGGGAUUGCCGGAGAAGGAUGAAGCCAACAAGAUCCCCGGAAAUGAAAAUAUUCUCGACUUCGUUCAAGUUUUUCACCACUGAAUAUAUAUGUAGACUAUAUACUCUUAGAAUCUAGUAUAUUCAAUAUUAAAAUUAGUUAGUUGUUUUAGACAACUAGAUUCUAAGAGUAUAUUCAAUGGUAAACUUAUGAAAGGUGUCUAAGGGGGUGUUAUUGGAUGGAGAAUUUUAAGGGAUUUUAAUUACGGGUGGA